UUUUGAUUUUUUUUCCUUCUUCUUUUCCUUUAUAAAUGUAUAAUAUAUGAAUGUUUGGUUUGUGUAGUUGAAAAUUUAAGACUCUUAAUCCUCCUCUAAGUUCCUUUUUCUCUUUUCCGGAAAUUGGGAGGAUUUUGAGUUUUGGGUGAAUCUAAGAAUUUAAACUGCAAAACCUAGAAGGACCAGGAAAGUUUUUGUUUUUUUUUCCUGUUGAAAGAAGAACGAAACUUGUGGAUUGUGAAUCAUUCAUCGUCAUCAUCAUCUUCUACUAGUUCGGACGAGAGAUUAUCCAUCAUUGAAGCAUUUAAAAUGCCGGAGAAAGGAGCGAUUCUAUCUCCGGUGCCGAACCAACUGUUGAUUCUACGGCCAAGUCCUCUGCUUCAAUGGCGGCUUGGUGCUCUUACAGCACUCGUCUUCUUCCUCAUGUUGGUCGUCUGGAGCAUUGAUGGUUGCUGGAUCCAAAGCUUCGUCGAUCCAUGGAGAUUCAAUGCAUACUCCGUUCGACUCAAUUCUUCUCCGUCUCCUUCUCCUUCACCGUCUCCGAUACCUCAUCUAGAAUCCCUGAAACCCCACCGACAAUAUCUCACCCUGAACACGACGACGGGUCCACGAAAUCUGGAUCAGAAGAAGACGAAUCUCACUUCAAACUCGACCCGGGUCCAAUUCGGGUGGAUCACCGCCGAAUCGGAGAAAAACUUCACGGCGAAUCUGUUGAGAAAUUGGCUGGCUCCAGGAGGAGCGCCGUGCAGAGAGGCGAAGACCGUCGAGAUAUCCGUUCCCGGUCUCGACGGGGUUGAUUCAGUGGAGCUAACCGCCGGCGAGAUCCACGAAUUCAAAUUCCAAGCUCUAGACGAAUCUAAACAACCCGUUUGCAUCGGCGGUGACUAUUUCGAAACUGAUUUAUCCGGCGAGAGCUGGAAAUCUAGACCGCCGGUGAAAGAUUUCGGCAACGGAACAUACUCAAUGUCGUUACAGGUUCAUCCUGAGUUCGCCGGAGAAUUCAACCUCACCGUCAUUUUGCUCUUCCGCCAUUACCAAGGCCUCAAGUUCAGCACCGCGCGUUUAGGCUUCGACAGAAAGCUUCGAAACAUCCGAUUACGUUUCGUCAAGAAGCCUGGCGUUUCUCUGCCGGAGCUCCGGUCAUGUAAAAGAUCCGACUUUACCCGGGACGCUUGGUCGGGACGAUGGACCAGGCUCGGGAAAAACGACGAGUGCCAGAUCAGCAACGACGGGCGUUACCGUUGCCUCGCCGCGGAUUUCCCUUGCCGGAAACCGUGGUGCGACGGAGCCGUCGGAGCAAUAGAGAGCAAUGGUUGGGUUUACUCUAGCCAUUGCUCUUUCAAGCUCUUCUCCGGCGAUUCGGCUUGGGAUUGCUUGAGAAACAAAUGGAUUUUCUUCUGGGGAGAUUCAAAUCACGUGGAUUCGAUCAGGAACAUGUUGAAUUUCGUCUUGGGUCAUCCUGAGAUCCCAGCUGUGCCGAGAAGGUUUGAUUUGAAGUUCUCGAAUCCGAAGAACUCAUCGGAGACGGUUAGGAUCACGAGCAUCUUCAACGGUCACUGGAACGAGACAAAGAACUAUCAAGGCCUGGAUUCACUUAAAGACCGAGACUUUAGAGAGCUGCUCAAGAAAUACUUCUCGGAGAAACGUGUUCCCGAUGCGAUGGUUGUGAACUCGGGCUUACACGACGGGAUUCACUGGUCAAGUCUUAGAGCGUUUGAGAGAGGAGCCGAAACCGCGGCUGCGUUUUGGAGAGAGGUUUUCGAGGCGGUCAAGAGCAGGGGAUUGCAACCGCCUGAAGUGGUUUUCAGGAACACGAUCGCGACGGGCGGUUACGCGAGGACGCUAGCGUUUAACCCGAGCAAAAUGGAGGCGUUUAAUGGUGUGUUUCUUGAGAAAAUGAGGGAUGCAGGAUUAGUCACGAGCGUGGUGGAUAAUUUCGACAUGACGUAUCCGUGGCAUUAUGAUAACCGGUGCAACGACGGAGUUCAUUACGGAAGAGCUCCGGCGAAAAUGCGGUGGAGGGACGGUGAGAUCGGACAUCAGUACUUUGUGGAUUUGAUGCUCGUUCAUGUGUUGCUAAAUGCAUUGUGUGUGAGAUUGUAGUAAUGGAUUAGGAGUCACGGAUUCUUUAUUCAUGUGUAGAAGAACUUUUUUCUUUUUUUGGACUAUACUAGAUUCUUAUUAUUUGGGAUAACUCAAUUCAAGCUUGAGUUUUUUUGUUGUAUAAUAGCGAUAGAUUGGAGCUACAUUUGUGUAAUAUAUCAUUUUUCUGAUAAUAAUAAUUUUGAACUUUUCAGUGG